GUGGCUUCUCUAAGAGCUCUAGAAUGGGUGACACACGGAAGAAAGUUUUGCAGUCCUACCUGGACCGAAUCUUAAAGUUUAUAGAGUUUAAUGUCUCUGCGGAAGAUGAAUUUAUCCAGGUGGCCAGAAGUUUUGAGACUUCAAGGAAGAGAUGGCAGCAUGUGGAGCAAGAGCUACGGGAUAAACGCGAGACUUUAGUGAAAUGUGAGAUUGAGCGUUCAGCUCUCCAAGUUAAACUCAAACAUGCCCGUAACCAGGUCGACGUGGAGAUGAAAAAACGCCAGAAAGCUGAAACCAAACUGGAGAAAGCGGAACGGCAGAUACAGCUGAUUGGGGACUUGUUAAAAACUGAUGGGCAGACGGCUGUGCCUCUCAGUGACUCAGUGCUGGCUUACUUUGGUGGAAGCCGAGUCAGUACUGUACCACAAGCAGCCGGGAAGAGUAGCAGGUUGUCUGUGGUGGAUGAAUCGUGCACAUCCUUCUUGUCUGACAUCAGUUACGACCACACAGAGGAUGAUCUGGAUCUGGAUGAGUUGGGAGGAAAGCCAGUCAAGUUAAAAGCCCGGGAGAGAAGGCGCUCAUCUCUGGCGCCACUGAUUGCACCUCUAUUGAAAAGGCCACGUCCAAGUGAAGCCGCUGCCAUAGUCGCCGAGAAUGUAAGGGAAACAGUUAUAUCAAAUACCACUGUGCUGGUCACAGAUGCAGGUCCCAUCCAUGCCAUUUCCACUGUGGAGGCUGUUCCCCGUCGGAGAUCACGCAAAAGCCGUGCGAUUUCUUCUCUCCAAGAUCACACUUCAGUGUUACCCCAAAUUAAUGAGGAUGAAAAAGAGAUGGAACCAGAGAUGGUUCCAAACCACCCGCCAAAGCCAACCAGGACGCAUGUAUACUUAUCCAGAACGAUGAUCCGAGCAGAGGUCUGCAUGGUUUGUGGACAGAAGGUCCGUUUUGGCAAGAUGUGUCUGAAGUGCAAAGAUUGCCGUAUCCUAAUACACCCUGAGUGCAAGGAUUUCUGCCCCAAAGUGUGCUCCUCUACCUUCCCAUCUCAAAGCACAAUCCUCAAAAAUGGACCGGGAGUUUUGGCUGAUUUCGCUCCUGCUAUGCCUCCCAGAGUUCCCAGUCUGGUGAUUCAGUGUGUGAAUGAAAUUGAAAAGAGAGGCUUAAGAGAGCGGGGAAUUUACAGAAUUCCGGGUUGUGAUCGCUUAGUCAAGGAACUGAGACCGAAGCUUCUGCAGGGAAAGAUCAAAGCCCAGCAUCUUGCCAAGGAGGACAUUCAUACUGUGUGUGGUGCUCUAAAAGAAUUCUUCCGGACCUUGCAGGAGCCCCUACUUACCUAUUCACUGCAUGCAACUUUCCUGGAUGCUGCUGACAUUCUUGAUGAAUGUGACGGAAGAGCUGAGACUUGUCAGGCUGUGCAUGAUCUGCCUGCUCCUAACAGAGACACUCUUGCCUUCCUCAUCUUGCACCUCUACAGAGUAAUGCAGAGCUCAGAGUGUAAAAUGGACAAGACUAAUCUAGCUCGGAUCUUUGGGCCCACACUGGUUGGAUAUUCUGCGCCUAAUCCAAGCCCUCUGAUGAUCAUGCAGGAUACCCCUAGGCAAGCUAAGGUGAUGUCGCUGCUGCUCUCUAUUCCUGGUCGAUUCUGGAAUCAGUUUCUCUUUACUAAUCAAGAAAACAAGGACUCGGCAAAACUGGACCAGGAACGGCUCUUUCAUCCUUUGACUUCUCCGGAAAUAAACUCUGCAUCCUCUAGCCUUCUAAAAACCACUCCAUGCUUAGCACAGUCCGCAAGUAAGAGUGAUCUGCCCAAAAAAGCUGGACGGUUCUUUACAUCACCAAAUGCCUAAGGAACAUACCAUGCUGAAUUCACUGUGCACUGAAUGCUAAAAUGAACAUGUGAGAAGAAAAAAGUAUAUUCCCCAUAAAGAUUAUCAGAAAACUGAAGCACAAGGGAAGAGGUUAAAGUUCAAAUAUGCACUAUACUUCUAUUUGCUCUGCUAUAUGCAGUUGGUCCCAUACGUUCCUAUUAGGAAAGAUUGUACACAUUCAGUAACUAUACAGCAACUUUUACCAGCUCAGUGUUCAGACUCCAGACUACCAUGGGUAUAAUAGCCUGAGAGAUGUGCUGCUACUGAUUUACACUCAUCUAUCUUCAUUAAUGGGGAACUGAGCAAUUAUAUUUAUCACUGGGUGCUGCACUUAAAUAUUUAUAUAUAAAAAAAA